UGAUGAUAUGACAACGAUAACUGCGAGUUGGGCUCGAGGAAGUAGUGCAUGUUGUAGUGAGAGGAUGUUUAACAGCCGUCAACAAGCGUAUUUUACGCUUAUUUACAGUGGCAGUUAGAGACAUAUCAUUGGAAACAGUACGUUUGUUUAAUGUUCAUCUAAAUACAACAGUCGUUUAUUUCGCUGGAAUCACGACAGAUCGUUUCGCGGUGCGCUCGCGACACUCAUACGCGCACGUUCAGUCACGCUUAUUUCAAUUAUAGAGGUUCGGUUCUCUCACUUUCUUUAAGAAGCCUUAGGUCAGUUGUGGGCGACAUCAUGCAGUCAAGUCAUAAAAUGACGUGCACGAGUGAUAGAGAUGGAGAUUUAGACAAAUGCGUGACAGGUGACCCGAAUUCGGGUAACCUGGUGGACGUACCGGGCUGCGGAGACUCGCUGAUGGUGGACGAUGAGAGGCACCCGAGGACGGCCAGUCCCCGCGCGAACGGGGAUGAUGACUCGGAAGCGGAGUCCCAUCAGGACGGGCGCAACGUGGAUGUGGACCCGGAUACGAGGAGAAGGGCGUUUAACUGGUGCCGUGACUUUCUGUCCGGCUCGUGGAAAACUAUAUCAGAGCAUGAGUUUCGCAUCAAGAUAGUCAGUGGAGGUCUUAGUAACCUGCUGUACAUGUGCAGCUUACCCGACAAUGUUCAGCCUGCGGGUGUUGAACCACAAAGAGUUCUGCUGCGGAUCUACGGGGCCAUUCUACAGGGAGUCGAUUCUCUUGUUUUGGAAAGCGUGAUGUUUGCCAUUUUAGCAGAAAGAGAGCUGGGUCCACGUCUCUAUGGCAUUUUCCCAGAAGGGCGUUUAGAGCAGUACCUGCCUAGUAAUCGUUUGUGUACGGAGCAGCUUGGGUGCCCUGAGAUUUCGGCAGAAAUAGCCAGUAAGAUGGCACGAUUUCACACCAUGGAGAUGCCGUUCAAUAAGGAACCUAAAUGGCUGUUUGGAACCAUUGAUCGGUACAUGGAACAGGUGACGACAAUGAAAUUUGUGCGUGAAGCUCACAUCAAGAAAUUUAACAAGUUGAUGAAGUAUGAUCUUCCAGCACAACUGGAGAGUCUGAGGUCACUGCUGGCAUCAACUCCCUCACCAGUAGUAUUCUGCCAUAAUGAUGUACAGGAAGGGAAUAUCCUCAUGUUGGAUGGCAGGGAAAAUUCAUCUGAUAAACUUAUGCUCAUUGACUUCGAAUACAGCAGCUAUAACUACAGGGGUUUUGAUUUUGGGAAUCAUUUUUGUGAAUGGAUUUAUGACUACACGUAUGACCAGUGGCCGUUCUACAAGGCAAAGGUGGAAAAUUAUCCCAACAGACAACAGCAAUUACAUUUUAUUAGACACUAUCUGUCAGAAAGAGGAAACAUAGCACCUGAAGAUCAGUCCAGGAUUGAAGAGGAGAUGAUCAUUGAGGCAAACCGGUUUGCCCUUGCGUCUCAUUUCCUCUGGGGUUUGUGGUCCAUUAUACAAGCUAAGAUCUCCAAAAUCGAGUUUGGAUACAUGGAUUAUGCACAGCACAGGUUUGACACGUACUUCAAACAGAAGACGCUCGUUUCUUAAAGUCUUUCUCGCUUCUAAAGCGUGUACUUCACAUUCUGUAUUAAUCUCUAUAAUGUUUUUAUUUUUAAUGAAACUGUCAAGGAAAGGGCACAGAUUAAGGCUUAACUUUGUUUUAUAGAGUUUGUCCCUGCAAAAAUGGUUAAACAUGACUGAACAAAUCCUUCAGAAAAAUAAUCUGUUAGAUGCCUAAAACCCAGAUACAGUUAAUGCACUGGUCAUAAAGGCAAACUAUAAUGUUUUUUGUUAAUUUAUUUAUAAAAUUACAUAACUUUACCAACCAUAUAACUGUUUACAUUUUAUCUAGCUUGUGUAUUAUCUAUGUUACCUUAUUUUUAAGUUAAUCCAUCCAUCAUUAAUACUUUGUAAUGGGUCCAAGUGGUCUAAAACCUUUUACUUGUCUAGUCAACUUAAGCUCAAUUAAUGUUUCUUCUCCAGAGACCAAAAAUAUCAAGACAUUUUGCAUUUUUCAUGUGCUUGUGAAUAUUGUCUAUUUUAUUGAAUUAAUUUUUUGUCGUUAAUGGCACAUAUUCUGACUAAAGUAUUCUGUUUCUGUAUGUUGAAUGGCUUUGUUUCUGUUAAAUAUUACAACUAAAGCAAAUAACAUAUUCCUAAUCACAAAUUGGAAUUAACGGUUCUUAGCUAUGAUUUUCAUAGCUAAUGAUGUUUUAAUUUAACCUAAAUGUGUUUCUAUGUGUGUCGGUCUGACCAGUAAAGAAGGAUAUUACACUUCCAGAGAAGAAUGGUAGAAUUGUGAAAACAAUUCUUUGUAAGGUAAUUUAAUUUAUUUAGAGCAGGUUAUGUCCUGUUUCCAAACAGGAAAAAUUCAAAUUCUUGUUUUUGUAACUUAAACGUCUAAUUUGCUUUUCUUGUUUUAAUGUUGUUUUAUGCUUAUUUAUCAUUUAUUAUUUUGUCCAAAGCAAGGAAAUUGUCAAUGAAACUUUAAACCAAAUGUGUCAUUCUUCUCAGUAUGGAUCCCCAGUUAAUAUGAACUGCAGUAGCAGAUAAGAAAAUAUGAAUAUAGGAUAGUAACGUCAUACAGAAGCUUUCAUUUUUUGGCUAAGGGUGGUUGAUGUUUUGUCAGAGUCAUAUUGGGGGCAUUUGAAAAGAUCAUUUCUUUUUGUUAAAUGAAUGUGUUUUUUUUCUUGUCGUAGAAGCAUCUCUAAAUUCCAGGAUAUAGUACAUUGCAAAUGACCAGGAGAGUUUUGGAUUUGAGCCACACAUAUGCUCCCUUGUGGAAUCUGUGAUUCUGAAUAUUAAUGUGAGAUGUAAUGGCACUGUUCGAACCAAUGCUGAUUUCCACAGUCGUUUAAAUUAUACUGUAAACUUGCCUCUCUGCUAUAAUUCAUCUGUUUGUUUCUUUGCAAUAAAUGCAUACAUUAAA